AUCCAAAACAGUCAUUCUUAUUAGUUUAGUUCAACUUAGCUUUACCAACCCCACACAUAAAUAAAAUAAAAGACCCAACUCAACACAACACAAAGAUUUUAUUACAAACAAUAUUAUCUUUUAUCGAUAAUAAUGUCUCUUGCUCAUAAUAUCAGCAACCAGAGUUCGAUCGGCGAUUCCUCGUCCUGGUCCCGUGUACAGGACAAGCUCUUCGAGGAAGCUAUCGUUGUCUUUCCCGAGGGAACGCAGGACAGGUGGGAAAAGAUCGCCACCCAGGUCUUAGGAAAAUCGCCCUUGGAAGUGCGCCGACAUUACGAGGUUUUGGUUCAUGACUUGCUGGAGAUUGACUCGGGCCGAGUUGAGUUGCCGUGUUACGAGGAUGAGUUUAACUCGGUGGGUCAGGGCUCUGAGUAUUCGGAGGGUUCUGUGGAUUUUGGGUCCAAGGCUAAAGAGACGCAAAGGAGGAGAGGUGUCCCGUGGACUGAAGAAGAGCACAGGUUAUUUCUGCAUGGACUACAACAAUUUGGGAAGGGAGAUUGGAGGAGUAUUUCAAGGAAAGCUGUGAAGUCGAGGACACCAACACAAGUGGCCAGCCAUGCCCAAAAGUAUUUUCUUCGCCAGAACUCAGUCAAGAAAGAGAGGAAGAAGUGUAGCAUUCAUGACAUUACCACUGUUGAGGAGGCUGCUAACUCAGUGGGCCUAGGUCAAAUUAAUGAUCAGAUCUGGGAGAUGGGCCCGGCUAUACACUUGUAUGAUCAACAAAGUUUAGAGGAGCACAAUAAGGGCUUUGGAUUCUCUUUCUAAAGAUGACACAAUGAUAAGUUUCAUAGUUUGUGCAUGGAUGAACUUUUUUUUUUCUAGCUUUCCGAGUGAAAAGUAGAAUGAUCCUUUUAUAUUGGCUUGCUGGGUCCUUGUGUAUAAUCUAUCAAAGUCUCAUAGAUGUAAAUGCUAAAUAUAGCUAGUCCAAAAAAAAAAAGUUGUAAAUAUUGACUAAUUCCUCACUUUUUCUUUCUUUUUACAGUAAUGGUUGAGGUUGACACUAUCUUUGAGUUA